ACGCCGGCGGUGACCUAGCCCCCCAACAUGGCGGCGGCGGUAGAUUAGGGCCGCGGGUCGCAGCCACCGGCGCCGCUAGCGGAGGGACGCUGUGGGGAGCCAGUGCCGCCGCCGCCUCUUCCGCCUCCUCUGGGCCAGGGCCAGGUCGCCCGCCUCUGCCGCAGACCCUCCGAGAGCCCCCGCCGCCCAUGGCGUCCGCUGCCGCUGUGCCCGUGGGCUUCCACUACGAGACCAAGUUCGUGGUGCUCAGCUACCUGGGGCUCGCCUUGCAGGGGCGGCGCCUCCCCUCGCCCGCAGGUACUGUCCGGGGCGCAGGGGGCUCUGGAGUUCAACAAGAUGUAGCUUCACAGCCUCUGGAUCGAGAAGUUUUAUUAAAAGUAAAAACUGAAAUUGAAGAAGAGCUAAAAUCCCUGGACAAAGAAAUUUCUGAAGCCUUCCCCAGCACAGGCUUCGACCGGCACACUUCGCCCGUGUUCAGCCCCGCCCACCCGGAGAGCUCCGUGGAGGACUGCUUGGCGCGCCUGGGGGAGCGCGCGGCCCGCGAGCUGCAGGAGCCCCUGCGGGCGGCGCUGGAGACGCUGCUCCGCCGGCCAGUGACGUACCAGACGUACCAGGAGUGCGCGCUGGAGACCGUGGGGCAGGCCGGCGGCUGGAACAAGGUCCUGGCGCCCCUGGUGUUGCUGCAGCGCCUGCUGCUGGAGCUGACGCGCCGCGGCCAGGAGCCCCUGCGCACGCUGCUGCGGCUCGGGGUCACCUACCUGGAGGACCACGCGGCCGAGUUCAUCGUCCGGCAGGGCGGCUGGGGCACUGUCUUUAGCCUUGACUCGGAGGAGGAGGAGGACCCGGGGGUCAUCGCCGAGGACAGCAACGACAUUUACAUCCUGCCUAGCGACAACUCUGGGCAGGCCAGCCCCCCGGAGUCUCCCACGGUGACCGCCUCCUGGCAGGCGGAGAGCCUGCCCGUGUCCCUGUCCGCCAGCCAGAGCUGGCACACCGAGAGCCUCCCGGUGUCCCUGGGGCCCGAGUCCUGGCAGCAGAUUGCCGUGGACCCGGAAGAAGUGAAAAGCUUAGACAGCAACGGGGCUGGAGAGAAGAGCGAGAACAACUCCUCCAACUCGGACAUCGUGCACGUGGAGAAGGAAGAGCUGCCCGAGGGGGCGGGGGAGGCUGCCGCGGCGCCUCUGGUCUCGUCAACCAGGGGGCUGCUAGAGGCGUUCCCGGAAGCCCCGGCCCCCUCGCCUCUGCGGAUCCCUGCCACCUCCUCGCUGCAGAUGCGGGACCCCGACACAGAGGCAACUGCCGCCGGGAAGGUCAGCCUGGCGCCCUCCUCGGCCGCAGAACCUGGUGACGCAGAGGAGCAGGCAGUCCCCGCGCUGGAGCCCACGGGCACGCUGCGGAGUGAGGGGGCGGAAGCAGGGAGAGGGCGUCUCCUGGCCGGGCUGUCCCCGGCGGGCGAGGAGAGGGCCCUGCCGCCUGCCAGGGGCACGGCCACACUGCUGUUCGGAGGGGCUGCCGCUGUCGCCGCCCUGGUGGUGGCGGUCGGAGUGGCACUGGCUCUGAGGAAGAAAUAGCCUGUCUCUCAGGAGGGAGGGACAGCGAGGUCGCUAGGUUUCAUCUGUGCUGACUGACUCAGCUGCCAACAGCUGCCUGCAUGGCCACAGAGCACGCGCGAGUCCCCGGGGCGGGAGGGGGCGGCUCUCAGGGGCUCCGGGUGACUCUCGGUCCCUAGGGCCAUGGCUCAGGCUCGACUCCGGGGCUCAGGAGCAAAGUCCUCCGCUGGGCACGGGUUCCCGAACCUCUGCACCGCGGUGUCUCGAUCACCCUUCACUGUGGGAAGCUGUCCUGUGCGGUGCAGGAUGUGGACCAGCAUCCCUGGCCUGCACCUGCCACAUGCCUAGCUCCCCGCCCCCAGUCGCGACAGCCCAGAGUCCCUCUGGGCAUUGCAAGUGUCCCCUGGGGGUGAAGCUGCUGUCCCUGCGGAGCCACUGUGUGUGGGGGGGUGAAGUUAGGAGCCUUGGGGUGGAGGGCCCCUCAGCCACGGGUGGCCCUGCCCCCCGACGCCCUCGCUCCAGACGCCCCACGCCCUCCUGCAGCCCUCCUCUCCUGGCUCCUUCCUGGCCCUCCUCUCGGUCCCGUUGCGUGAGGGGCUCUGCCCUGUGACCCAGCUGCCUCUCGGGUUGCCCCAGGUUCCCUCUGAGACCUGUGGAGCGAGCCCACUCCGUUCCCAUCGCGCCCGACGCUUCUCACAGCUUCACCCGGUGGAGGCACUGCCCGUGGCCGCCUUCAAGGAGAGGGAGCCGUGGGGCCCCAAGCCCGGGCCGCAGGCUCACGGGCCUGCCGCCUGGAGGGGCAGGCGGCUUCCGUGCAGAUGGCCCCGCAGGUGUGGCCUGAGUGAACGCAGGGCUGCGUCUGGGGCCGGGCCCCAGGCUCCGCCUCCUUCCCGGUUGGCCAGCGGGCUCCUUGCGGGCUCCUUGCGGUCCGUACCGGCCCCCUGAGUCAUACGUAAUUCUUACUAAUAAAGACAGAAAGUCUCCUAAAGGCCAUUGAACUAAAAA